UUGAAUUCUGUCUUAUCCUGGAGCCGGUUGUUUCACUCAAAUGAUAUGUGUGAAAAACGUGCACGUUGACAUCCUCGGGUUUCCUCGCCGACUAAGCCUGCAUUUCACAGAAAACAAGUUCCAUUGUAUUCAUGGACUGCCACUCAUCUGCUUUUGCAAAUUCUUCUUUGGCAUGGCUCUGCCUUUCAGGAUUGUCUUCUUGGUAAUUGCAUUGUUGGGUUCUUGUUAUGCAGAAGACGAGCAGAUUAGAAUACUAUUGAACAUGAAGAGCAGGGUCCAAGAUCCAACAAAUGCUUUGGACAACUGGGACAUUUCUUCUACUUCUCCUUGCCAGUGGAAUGGAAUCACCUGCAACAAUGCAAGUUUAGUUACAGCUAUCAAUCUGGAGAAUACAGGGCUAAUAGGUCAGAUUUCUUCUUCUAUCUGUGGGCUCAGUGCCUUGAAAGCUAUUCAACUGGGUGAGAAUUCUCUGUAUGGAAGUAUUGCAGAUGUGUUUUGGAAGAACUGCAGUCAAUUGGAAAUAUUGAAUCUCACAACCAAUUCAUUGAUGGGGUCUCUGCCAGAUUUCUCUGUACUGAGGUCGCUGCAGGUUCUGGACUUGUCAAGGAACAAUUUUUCUGGUAAAUUUCCUAUUUCUGUCACAGAGUUGUCUAAUUUGCAUGCUUUAGAUUUGAAUGACAAUCCUCUAGAUGCCAAUAUCAUACCAGAAGAGAUAUACAGUUUGAAAGAUCUGAAUAUUCUAUGUUUGUCCAACAUCAGCUUGUUUGGAACCAUUUCACCAUCCAUUGGUAAUCUUACAGAGCUGGGAAAGCUAGAACUUUCUUACAACAAUCUAAAUGGAACUAUACCAAAAGAAAUUACAAGGCUUUCCAAGCUUUAUCAGUUAGAACUGUACAAUAAUUUUCUUGCAGGAGAGAUUCCUUUAGGGUUUGGGAACCUCACUUUGCUGCAGAAUUUUGACGCCUCCUUAAAUUUUCUCAAUGGUAGUCUGUCUGAGCUUUCAAGCUUGAAAAACUUGGUCUCUCUUCAUCUCUAUAAAAACCAAUUUUCUGGGUCAAUACCCGAUGAGUUUGGGGAGUUCGAGCAUCUCAGGGAGUUGUCUCUGUACCUUAACAGUCUUACUGGGCCGGUUCCCCAGAAGCUGGGGAGCUUGUCAGAUUUCAGUGCCAUGGAUAUAUCAGAGAAUCUUCUCACUGGUCCUCUGCCUCCAGAUGUGUGUAAAAGAGCAAAAUUGGCAUUCCUCCUCGCUCUCCAAAACUCUUUCACAGGAGGAAUUCCUGAAUCAUAUGGGAAUUGUUCCACUCUGGUCCGCUUUCGAAUCAGCAAUAACAGUCUCAGUGGUACAGUCCCCCCGGCUAUCUGGGGUUUGCCUCACGCUUACAUAAUUGAUCUAAGUGAUAAUAACUUUGAGGGUGAAAUAAGCAGAGAUAUAGAAAAUGCAAAGAAUCUUUCUGUUUUCACCAUCCAAAACAAUAAGUUUUCAGGAAGCAUACCUUCAGAAAUUGGACAGGUAUUGCUCUUGGGUAAAAUGGAUGCAAGCAAAAAUCAGUUCUCUGGAGAGCUACCUAAUGAAAUUGGAAGUUUGACAAAGCUCAGUAACCUGCUUUUGCAGCAAAACAUGCUUUCUGGUGCGAUACCAGAUACAUUAGGGCUCUGCACGGAUCUCUCUGAAAUCAACCUUGCAGGAAAUAAAUUGAAUGGGUCCAUUCCUGGAUCGUUUGGAUCCAUACUAGUUCUCAACUCUCUGAAUCUUUCCAAUAAUCAACUCAGUGGCCAGAUUCCAAAUACCCUUGCUGCCUUGCAGCUAAGCUUACUGGAUUUUUCCAACAAUCAGUUGACAGGGCCAGUGCCAACACCGCUGAUUAGUCUUGCAAGCAACCAUAGCUUUUCUGGAAAUAAGGGGCUUUGUGUGAAUGGAGCCGCUUCAGUAUUUUUAAGCACAUGUGCUGCUGCUCCUUCUUCUUCUUCUAGUGCUGGAACCCAUGCCAGAAUCCUAAUUGCAAGCUUCAUCUCUGCAGCUGCAGUGAUCACUUUUGUAAUAGGUUGGAUCUUAUACAAAAAAAUGUACAGAGCACCAGAAUAUCUAUCUUGGGAUCUCAAGUCCUUUCACCGGGUUACAUUCACCGAGGAUGACAUUCUUCAUUGCCUAAAGGAAGAGAACAUAAUAGGCAGUGGCGGGUCUGGAAGGGUCUAUAAAGGAGAAUUAUGCAGUGGGGAAAAAAUUGCAGUGAAGCAGCUAUGGAAUGGCAACACUGCGAAACUCAGUCAUUUAAGAGAGGAAGCAUUGAGAAACCGCCAAUUUGAGAUGGAGGUGGAAACAUUGGGAUGUAUCAGGCACAGAAAUAUAGUGAAGCUGUAUUGCUGCUUGUCUAGCAAACACUCAAAUCUCAUUGUAUAUGAGUACAUGAAAAAUGGUAGUUUGUGGAACAGAUUGCAUGAGGAGAAUAGGGGUUCAACUUUAGAUUGGCAGACACGCUAUAAAAUAUCUCUGGGAACAGCUUAUGGGCUGGCCUACCUGCAUCAUGACUGUGUUCCUGCUAUUGUUCACAGAGACGUGAAAUCCAGUAACAUAUUGUUGGAUGAAGACAUGGAGCCAUGUUUAGCUGAUUUUGGUGUUGCUAAAUGCCUUCAAGCCAGUGGAAAGGGGAAUUCUACAGCUGUCAUAGCAGGCACCCAUGGCUACAUUGCUCCAGAAUACGCAUACACAUAUAGAGUGAGCGAGAAGAGCGAUGUGUACAGCUUUGGGGUUGUGCUGAUGGAGCUUGUGACUGGCAAACGGCCCAUGGAGGAUGAAUUUGGAGAGAACAAGGGAAUUGUUCAUUGGAUCUCUCACAAAAUUAAAUCCAGAGAGAGUGCAUUUGGGGUAUUGGAUAAGAGGGUUUCUGAAUUUUGCGAGGAGGGGAUGAUGAAAAUGCUUAAACUAUCAGUGCUGUGCACCAGCAGUCUUCCUGCAUUGAGACCUUGUAUGAGAGAGGUGGUACAGAUGUUGUUAGAAGCAGAUCCCUGCUGUGAAUCCUCUCAAACCCUUAUUAAAAAGUCAUUCUCUUGUAAGAUAUGAUAUAAUUUUAUAUGCCAAACAAAUUGGAUUGUGUUUAGAAGUGCCGCAGAGCUCAGAGCCAAAUUACAUUCAAUCAGGGCCCGGGAUUUUGGUAAUGGGUUAAGCAUUCCAAAUCCAUUUCCAUGCAGUAUGACUGCUACAGCCUGCGGGCAUAAACUUGUUUGAGACGACCAUCCCUUUGGAUGGGAUGCCAAGGCGGCGCUUCAAAAUUGACUUGCUUGUACACUUCUGCAAACACCCUCGACGAAAUCAGGAAAAUGGUAAAGAGCUUUAACUUUCAGAGCAGGAUUUUGUUGCAAGCACUUGCCCUCUGUAAUUUUCCUUCUCUCCAUGUGAGUUUACAAGAAGAGGCACAAAACCCCCCCUCCCUCAAAUGGCUAAUUUGAUACAAGGAAUGGGGUUAUGAUUGCAUUUGGGAAAAAGCUAUCCAGUUUUCCUCCCUUGGUAUACAAUGUUAUGAUAUCAACAAAAGUCGUCCUUCUUUAUAAGAUCUUAAAGUUCUAAAGUUACCGGAUAUGUGAAGAAACUAAUCCCACAGAGUCGUCAUUAUGCAUCUGGUGCACCAUGUUGUAUGUGCUUGUAAUAAACCCAAUAUGUUAAUAAUGGCUUCAUUCUGGUUUA